ACACAAUGACCACAAAAUGUAACUCAUGCACCAACCCCCUGAACCAAUUCUGCUAAACUACAAGCACAAUUCCUGCUUUACACUCAAAUUGCAGUUCUAAAACACACUUUUUCCAAAACUCUACACACAAUUGUCAUGAAGAAAAUCUCUUGUUUUCACAAGGAACACACUGUUAUUCAAAACUCUAAAGUUAAUUGCCCUACUAUGCACACUGACUCCUCACAUGGGCAAACACCUAACAUACAUGUUUCCACUCAGGAAUCAGAGCUUUAGCAUAAAAGGGCGACAGGUGAGCUCUUCUGUUUUGGAGCAAUGGAGGCCAAUGUUGUAAACAGAGGCAGAGCCAGAGCCAGAGGAGUGAGAGUAAGAGGAGGACGAUGGGGAGGACGAGGACGAGGAAGGCCAAGGACAAUCAUUUCUGAUGAGAUCCGAGCCACUUUGGUUGACCAUGUGGUCAACCAUGGCCUAACAAUGAGGGAGGCUGGGCAAAGAGUACAGCCAAAUUUGAGCAGGUACACUGUAGCAUCCAUCAUCCGGACUUUCCGCAAUGAGAAUAGAACUGAAAGAUUACCAACAAGAGGUGGACGGGGCCGUCUUCUGUCUCCUGAACAGGAAACAGAGAUCAUGAACAUGGUUCUUGAAAAUAACGCCAUUACCUUACGGCAAAUACAAAGAAAAAUAAUAGAAAACAAUGUGAUAUUUCAAAAUAUUGAUAGGGUAAGUUUAUCAACGCUGGACCGUGUCUUGCAUAGAAAUAAACUGAGGAUGAAGCAGGUCUACAGGGUGCCAUUUGAGCGCAAUUCAGAAAGAGUCAAAGAAUUGCGAUAUAACUAUGUGCAAAGAGUCCUUGAGCUGGAGGUGGAUGCAGUGGAGCACCAGUUCAUCUUCAUUGAUGAGGUUGGAUUCAACCUCACAAAAAGACGAAGGAGGGGAAGGAAUAUAAUCGGCCAGCGUGCCAUUGUUGAAGUCCCUGGCCAGCGCGGAGGGAACAUCACAAUGUGUGCAGCGAUGACCCACCUUGGCCCCUACAACACUGCCCAUCUGAUCACAUUCCUGGACACCCUACACAACACACUCAUUCCACCAGAUCAGAUAGACGGCCCAGAGCAGCUCAGCUAUGGAAGACGCAUGUGGAGAUAUAGCAGUUGA